AUGGCUCUUGCUCCAAUCACAGGUACUUUAAAAAGAAAAAUCAUAACUGAUAUCACCAUCGGUUUUGCCGCUGGUUUUGGUUUGGCUUUCUUAUACUGGGAGGUCGAACAUAAACCAAUCAUUGCCAAGAGAGAUGCUUAUUACGCACAAUUAAGAAAGCAAAAGGAAAUCGAAGAAGGUGCUUAA